UCCUCUAAAAUCAUAUACUAAUGGUAAAAACCAGCUCCUCCGAAUUGACGAAGGCUGUCUGGAACGAAGAUGGAGAAGCAAAAAUGGCUGCAGCUUUUGCUUCCAAGAGAUCAGAAAUUUUUGAUGGCAGGAGAGAGAAGAAGUGGGAAGAAGUGCAGAGAGAGAUGGAGGAGCAGUGCUAGGAAGCCUGAUCCAAAUCUCACUAGCUUCACCCCUCAAGAGGAGGAUCUAAUCAUCCAGCUGCAUUCCGUGCUCGGAAGCAGGUGGAGUAUCAUAGCCCAACAACUCCAAGAAAAGACGGAAAGCGACGUGAAGAAUGUAUGGAACAGUAAGCUGAAGAAGAAGCUGUCAGCAAUGGGGAUAGAUCCGGUGACUCACAAGCCCUUCUCUCAGAUUCUGGCUGACUACGGCAGCGUGGGGGCGUUUCCGCGGGGAAAAGCCACGCGCCACCACCCCCUCUCCUCGAGGGAGUUAUUCAAAGGAGAAGAGGUUGUGACGUCGCCGAUGAAAGCGGAGCUCUGUGAUCAGGUCGAGGCGUCGAGCUUCAGCUGGAACGAUUUCUUUCUCGAGGAGGCGUUUGCGGCCCAUGAAAAUAUUGGAGAGGAGUUUGGUGGCGGUGGUGAGGUUUUGGGAGAUGGCGAGAUUGGUGGCGGAUUUGAGGCGUCGUCGGCGGCGUUUGUGGAAGCGAUGAUUGGGAAGCAAGAUGAGAUGUGCUCGGAGCUGCCUUGCUUCUAUGAGGAGCCAUUUUAUUACUGAAAAAGAAGUGAUAAUGUGAAGGUCAAAUGUCUCAGGUUCAAGUCGAUUGUGCUGCUGUCUUUAAAUUUAAAUUUAUUUGCUAUAAAAAAGAAAAAAGAAAAGAAAAAUGACCUGUGUGUUUGUUUGUGGAGGAUGGAAAUUAUAAGGGGUAUAUACUACUAUACUUUAUAGUGCUAUCCAAACCCCUAAUUACAAGUUUCAUACACACACACACAUAGUAAAAUAAAAAGUCACUAGGUUAGCAUUGCAAUUUGUUUACGUCGCAGGUUAUUAGAGGGAUCCACUAUCAUCUAAUGGGUUUAUUUAUUUAUGUUCAAGUUUAGGAUUUAAGAAGUUGUAUUGGAUCCGAGGUGCAAGAUCGUCAAAUUGUGUAAAAGAGUGUGCUUAUUUAAGUGAAUUUUCUUGGAUUUGUUGUUGCGGAAAUUCAAGUUAGAAAUAUUUUAUAAUUUCAA